CAGGAAAGAGCAGGACACAUCUAAUCUUUUCAGAAACAUCGCUUUAAGUCAAAAGAUUAUCCCUUCUUCAUUUUAUCCGGCUCAUAUCGUUCAGCAAUGAAGCGGCAGUGUGAGCGCUGAUCCACAGCGGCUUUGAGUGACACCUGCGCUCACUCCCUUUCACCGGUUCCCCUUUUUUCACAGCUUUUGUCUGGUACACCUCCGCAGUUUCCGACCAGCAGCGCAGGAGUGGACGAGGAAGAGGAGGAGGAGGAGAAGGGAAGAAUAGCGGGGCAUACCUGACGCCCGCAGCCGCUGGAACAGCCCGGAUCGGCCGCUUUGGGAGUUCCAGUUCAACCGGCGCUUUGUGCAGUUUAAACGGGACACACACAGAAAAGUCCUCCAGAUACAUCAAACCACAAAGAGAACAAGUCAUUUUGAAGGUGGUUUAUUGAAGGUGAGAUGAGGAGCCAAGCAGCAGAAGGGUUGAAGAUGCGCCUCCCUGUGCUUGUGUGCGCUGUAGUGGGUUUCUGUGCGGCACCGGGCUUGGUAUCCGGCGCAGACAGGAGCUGCGGGGACCUGCGACAGUUCUACACCGGGAAGGGUUUCACCCUGGAGGGAGUCCCUCAGACCGAGAUUUCAGGUGAACAUCUCAGGAUGUGUCCUCAGGGUCCGACUUGCUGCACUAGCUCCAUGGAGGAAAACCUGGCCAGUCUGAGCACCCAAGAGACCGAGGGACUGAUCAGAGAGGCCGGCAGGUCCCUGCAGGCUUCUUUCAACUCUCUCCACAGGAGCUUUGACAACUAUUUCACAGAGCUACAUGGUCAAUCUGAGCGCUCACUGCAGGAGGUGCUGUCCCCCCUCGGCUCCUUGUACUCCCAGAACAGCCCUCUGUUUGCAGAGCUCUACAGCGACCUGCGUCAGUACUAUCGGGGCGUCGCCCUCAACCUGGACGAGAACCUGUCCGACUUUUGGUCCCAGCUGCUGGAGCGGACCUUCAAAGCAUCUGCUUCCACAGAUGUCAGCCUGUCAGAGGACUACCUAGAGUGUGUUGCUAAGCAGCAGGAGACGCUCCGGCCCUUUGGAGACAUCCCCCGAGACAUGAAAACAAAGGUGAUCCGGUCUUUUGUCACUGCCAGGUCAUUCGUCCAAGGGCUGUUAGUCAGCGCGGAUGUGGUCAAUAAGGUUUCACAGGUGGCUUUUGCCGAGGAGUGCUCAAAAGCUUUAAUGAAGCUUGUUUACUGUCCUUACUGCCGUGGCUUUGGCUCCGUUAAACCCUGCUCCAACUACUGCUCAAAUGUCAUGAAGGGCUGCCUGGCCAACCAAGCCGACCUGGAUCCAGUGUGGCAGGAGCUCAUAGAUACAAUGAUCCAGGUAGCAUCCAGUUUCAGCACAGAACCCAGUCUGGAUGUGGUUCUUUCUUCCAUCCCAGUGCAAAUUUAUGAAGCUGUGCACUACCUGCAAGAAAACAUGGAAACAUUUACAGCUAAAGUGUUUCAGACAUGUGGAACUCCAAGUGAACCAGGAACCGGUAGUCCAGCUGUCCACGAGCAGAAGAAGAAGAGUAGCUCACUGACUGCGUCUCAAAAUAAACCCAACCCAACAGUUGGACUCAGACUGGAAAUGCAGGUGACGGAUCUUUCCAAUAAACUGAGGGAGAUGCGUCAAUACUGGAUCCAGCUCCCUGUAGCACUUUGCAGCAAACUGUCAGCUGGGAGUACCAGUCAGGACAACUGCUGGAAUGGCAUUACCAAAGCCAGGUACCUUCCAGGGGUGAUGGGUGAUGGUCUGGCUAGUCAGAUCAACAACCCAGAAGUCGAACUUGACAUCACAAAGCCAAUUAUGAAAAUCCGGCAGCAGAUCAUGCAACUCAAAAUAAUGAGCAACAGGCUAAAAGAUGCACUGGAAGGCAACGAUGUGGACUUUCAGGAUGCAAGUGAAGAUAUCAGCGGCUCAGGAAGUGGGAUGUGUUUGAGCGCUCAAUGUGCUCGGAACAGACCAGGGUUAUACGCCUACGCACCGGAGACUAACCCUGUUGCAGGAGCAGCGACGGUUAACAUCAGUGUGUUUAACCUACCACUGCUGCUCCUGUUUACUCUCCUGCUCCUUCAGCGAUGAUGGACCCCUUUGCAGACGCUUUGUAUAAGGCUCUGAGGAGCCUGAGGACUGAACCAUGGGAAAUGGGGUUAAAAGGGAGGAUGAAUGAAACAUAACUUUGCCAAAAAGACAUUUUGUCUGACAGAUGAACAUUUUCCCUGACUUGAGGCAAUGAAAAUUGACCAUAUUCUUUACUUUGCCGAGCUUCAAUGUGUUUUAGUUUGAAUGUGAAUUUGUGCGUGAUCAGUGGAUCUUUUAAUGAGGAUGUUUGAGAGAAGACAGUGACAAUGAUGAAUGGUCAUUAUGAAGAAGAUGUCUGUGUAGCUGCAGUUUCCUGUCAGCGGGUGACAAUAUCUAUGGUGCAUUCACCAAGAUUUUUUUUAUUUUCUGUUAUUCAAGUUUUAUGACUUAAUCAGACCAUGUACGCUGUAAAUGUUUGUGUACAUUACCAUAAUGAUUGGCACCAUACUGAGCCAUGAAUGUACAAGAAGAAACUCUACUCACAACGAAAUCCAUGUUACCUACUGUAAUGUAAUGAUCCAGACAUAUAAUUUGGUACAUUCAGUUUAAAAUAAUGCCAAAAAAAUCAUCACACUCUGGAAAUGUUGAAACGUGAUUGCAUUAGAUUACCUUACCUUCACUUCAAAACAGGAAAGGAAAAUGUCCCUUUUUCACAGUUGAUUUCACUUGCAAAUAAGGGAAUAGCCUCACUUAAGCCUCCAAUAAGCAAGAACACAAGUAUUUAAAGAGCCUAUGUCAUGCAAAAUCAACAGUUUUUGAGCUUUUAACAAAGGUAAACCGUGUUAUGUACUGUUCCUUCAUCAAGAUCAUGCAUAAAGUGUUAUUUCACUUGAUUUAUGCAUCUCUGAGUAAUCCUCAUGAGUUCUAUCUUAAUAGACACACUCCCUGUCUCUUGAAAAGGAGAAGUUGGAGAAUAUCUAGAGUGUCACCUACAGAAAGCACCUACCAAGUACCAACCUACUUUUUGGUCAUGAAGGAGUGAUGUGAUGCAAUAAGUGAUGAUUACGGCACCUAACCUGCACAGGAUAGCAUCUUUUCUAUUUUAGGUUCAUGUCUAAGGGCCCGAUCUUUAGAUGGUGUGCAGGUCUUAAAUCAUUAGAUUUUCAAAGAAGGUGCAAAAUGAUUUGCAUUUGCAAUUCAGCAAAAAGUCUGUGCAAACAUUUUUCUGUGUGUUUGCAUCAUCAUUGUGCAGACUGCACAAAUUCAUGGUUAUGUAAAUGUAAACCUUUACAAUGUGCAAAAAAUGUAUUUUCCAAAUCAGAAACUAGCUGGCUACAUCCUAUUUUUUCUUAUUUCUUUUAAAUGUUGGGUGCAAACAAACAUGCAAACAUAUUUGCUGUCAUUGCUGCCAUAAAGGAGGCGUUGGUACAAUGAUACAGGAUGGAUAGAUAUUCUGUCCAUAUCAAGAUAUUUGGACAGUGAAAAUAACAAUAGUCAAAUUUUAUCAAUAAAGAAAAAAUAUCUUCCAAUGCCUCCUUAAAGUAGAGCAUUGGAAUAACAGACAAUAUUUAUACAAUUAAACAAAAUCAAAAGCAAAAAAUAGAACUCAGAUAUUAUGGCAUGUUUAUGAAAAAAUAGAAUUUCAAAUAAGCUUGCGAAGUGGGUUCUCUUCGCAACAGGGAUUUUUUCUCUCCCUUGAUUUAAUAAAACAUAACGUGUUUAUUUUCUUUUACUUUUGUUUGUAGCAGUCUGAGAUGGGAAAUGCAGUACACUAGAAAUAAUAGUUUUUUUUACUACAAUUAAAAUGUCCUAAUUAUCAGUAUUAUCUCAAUGGCUUUGAACCUCAUCUUUGUUUUAUGGCCAUUCUCACACCGCUUGUAGAGCACACAAUCAGCUCAUUUUAAUGGGCAGACCCGAAUUACUUUGCACUCCUUAACUUUUGUGCAUCAAUCUUUCAAAAUCACCCGUUACACGCCCACUUACUGCACAUACGAAAAAAAUGCACAUGCAAUUUAUUGCCUCUUAUUCUGAAUCGUUGAAGAUCAGGCCCUAAGUCGCCAUAGUCUUUUUAUUGGCCAGGAGAGGUCUCUGAAUUUUUUCUGCCUUCAGAAUUGGUUUGAUACAGUGGUGCAAUGCUAUGGAUGGCCCCCUGAUGGAAGAGGCACCUUUGCUUUGAAGGCAAGGGUUUUCUUUCGAGGUUGAAAAAAUUUAAAAUACCUAUUUAGUUCUAAAUAUGAACUUAUGUGUCUUAAAAGGCGUAAAAAGCAUGAUAUGGGACCUUUAAACAAAGAUAACUUAAUGAGGGCAGGAAAUAUCCAAAGAAUCCUGCUGUCAGUUUCCACAAAAUAAAACAAUGAUUGAUCAAACAAACAAAAGAAACCAAGUGAGAAUAUUU